CAAAUUAAAUUAAAAAUAAAUAUCCCCGUAAAAAGAAGCAUUGUGGUAUUAGUAUUAGUAAGCAUGCUGCCGUAUCCAUCCUAGACUCGGAGUGGCUACUCUUCCCUCAAUCAACGAUCUUUGCAGACAACAGGAAAACAGCGGGCAGCUGCUUCCUGUUUCCCCGCCCUCAGUCAGCUGUUACUCGGCUGUUUGCAAACAUCUCCGUCCGGCGUGUCCAUGGUUUCAGCUGCGUCCUCUGCGCUCCUCUAGCUCCUCCACGAUGGGGGAAAACGACGACAGCGAGAUCAUAGAGCACCACGUCGAGGAGGAGAUGGAGAAGAAAGGCACGAGGAGCCACGCAGUCUCCUCUUCCUCGUUCCUGGAGAGCGUCACUCCGUCCGACAGAGAGGGCCACAGCGGCACCCAGUCCUCCCACAGACUGCUGGCCUACAGCGAUGCCCUCAUCUCCAUCAUCGCCACCGUCAUGAUAUUACCUGUUGCCCAUACAAAGGUGGAAGAUAAUGAGGAGUUGAGGGAGAGUGUUCAGCUUCUGCUGACAACAAAGAUUGCUGUUUACUUAAUGACAUUCCUGAUUGUGACCGUUGCAUGGGCUGCUCAUAUCAAGUUAUUUCAAGUAAUUGUACGCAUUGAUGACUGCCUUGCACUGCUGAACCUCGCCUGCAUGAUGCUGAUAACCUUUCUACCGUACACAUUCUCUCUGAUGGCGACUUUCCCUGAGAACAUCCUCGGGAUUUUACUCUUCUGUGGUUGUGUGAUGGUGAUGGGCGUCAUUCAGUCGGUGAUCGUGUUGUACGCCUUCAGCCGUCCCUUCCUGCUGAACGAGCAGAUCCAGAUCUCAGAGAACCAAACCUUCUACAAACACCACAUCCUCAAAGUCAUCAUGCGUGUUCCCCUCAUGUGCUUCUUCGCCAGCAUCUUCUCCUUCAUCUUCUUCGAGCUGUCCUACGUGCUGUUGGCGAUUGUCAUCUUCCUGCCGUACAUCUCCCAGUGUUUGAAGUGGUGUCGCAGCAAAGCAAUUGGUCAGGUGGAGGAGACUCCAGACUCCAUGUUGUUUUACACCUACCUGCCUAACGAGCCCCUCAGUAAGGACCGAGUGGAGGCUUUCAGUGAUGGAGUUUAUGCCAUUGUAGCAACGCUUCUUAUCCUGGACAUAUGCGAGGACAACGUUCCCGACCCGGCCGUUGUGCAGAAGCAGUUUGGCGGUAGCCUGAUAGCAGCUCUGCAGGUCUACGGCCCAGAGUACCUCGCCUACUUUGGUUCCUUUGCCACCGUCGGCCUUCUCUGGUUUGUGCACCACUCGCUCUUCCUCCAUGUCACCAAGGCAACGCGCUUCAUGGGCCUGCUGAACACCUUCUCACUGGCGUUUGUCGGAGGUUUGCCUUUAGCCUACCAGCUAACACACGAAUUCCCGCACAACUCUCGCAACGAACUGGAAGCCAUUCAGAUUAGCUGUGUGAUCAUUUUCUUUGCUGGUAUAUUCCAACUUGCUAUUUGGGUGGUCGCUCUUUACAGUGAACAGGAAACUCUGCACCCUUAUGUACGAUAUGGCGGGCGCGAGCACGUGUUUAUGCUAGCUAAGCUAGCUCUGUAUCCCUGCGUAGCUCUGGGGACGUUUUUCCUAACAUGUAUUUUGAGUAAAUUUAGCGCCCAGAUAUUCCACCUGAUGGAGAUUACAGUGCCUUUUGCUUUUCUUGUGUUGAGGCUGUUGGUGCGUGUCGGGCUGGCUUUGCUCCGGUUAAUUUUCUGUCCCGAUAGGCCCGACCCGAGGUCUGUUGUAGAAGAGGAAGAUGACGAGACAAGAGUGCCAUUCAAUGCUUUAGUUACCUAGCUAGCUUGGAGGGAAGUGGCCACAGAAAAUCAAUCUGACUGACAGAGGAGUGAGGCAUUAUUGCUAAAAUGCUUGGUCUCUGAAAGAGUUACUGUAAGGGUUUUAAUUUGCGAACCACAUGGAAAAGAAGAUUGUUUUUUUUCAAUCUCCUGUCAACAUUUAAACUGGUUCUUGAGAAAGAAUCAGUGCAAAUGCGAUUAGAUGUGACCAUGUUGAAGGCGAAGUAUGGAAGUGGACCAGAGUAGUCAAGGAUACUGACAGCCAAAGCCUAUCCAUUCAUUUAAUUUUUUUAAAACUUGAGAAAUAUACUAAUGCUAGUUUUGGUUAGCGAAUAAUCAACAUUCAUCUUCAAGCACUCAAAAGCUAGCUUUUAAAUGACCGACAAUAACGUUACUACUGAAGUCAGCUGAGAAACCAUGCGCAUGGAUGUGUAAACCGGGAGUACAGAUUUACACAGAGCUUUUUUUUUCUCAGCUGACCCCUGGGGGCCUCCGUAGGUUUCCCACUUUGAUUCUAUCGCUCACAUGAAGUAGCAAAAGGUCAAAAAUGAGAAUGGCUAUGACUCAUGACUUAGCUGAUUAUACACUUCACCCUGAAAAGAUGCGGUAGAACAGGAAAAAAACAGGUUUUUAUAAUUAUAUUUCAGUUUCUGUGCCAAGGACAGGUGUGAUGAACAGUCUGGCCAGCUGCUAAUGUUUUAAUUCGGCCUUUAUGUAUUUUUAUUUGCAUGUUGAGACACAUGAAGCUGCAGAAAUUCAUACAUGAGAGCUGAUGGCUGAAGUAGUUCUAAAUUGUAGGGUUGGGCGAUUGGACGACUAUGUCGGCUGAGUCCAUCAUCGCCGGUUGUUGGGCUGACAAUGGCCGGUUGGAAAAUUUUAACAUAUUGCCCAACCCUAAUUGCGUACGACAAGGGAAGUUUUGUUUUCUCAAAUUUGUCUCCUUUUAGACUUCCGCCCCAAUAUAAAUGUUGGAGUUGACCUGUUAGCAAACCAGGAUGGGUUUAAGUCUGUAGUUUUUGGGACUUUAAACAUUGUUCUGAACAGGUACAGUCAUACAAUUUCAAAUUGCACUAUCUUAAAAUAUUUUGACUCAGAUAUUUGUGUGUAAUGCCCUCUGGAAUGUAAUAUCACAUCUUCAAAUAUGUCACAAUGCUGUAUUAUCUCUACUAUUAUCUUUAGGAAUAGUAAGACAGUACACUUAAAUGACCCCUAAAACUGUAUAUUUAAAAGUAGAAAAAGGCCAGAUUGUGCAUGGCUGUUGUUGACUUUAGUUUCAGUGAUAAUGACUUCAGGUUUUCUUGAAUUUCUGAAAGUAAUGUCAACCCAAUGUUGUUAUUUUAAAUUACUGUUCUGUUUUCAUGGAGAUGUUUGUAAAAAUAGGUGUAGUACAUUUCUCCAGAAGGGGUCACUGUUGUUUCUGUUAGUCCUGAGAUACUGAAGCCAUUUUCAUCACUGUAAUGAUGAUGAGUUCUGCUAUGUGUUUGAUACUGACUCAAAAGGGACACAAAUCUGAGACGCACUUUAAUGGAAACCUGUCAUGUGAUGGAGAUAUAUCGACAAGGGACAAAACAACAGAGUUGAAAGAGUGACAACAAAAAUGCUGUCAAAUUUUCACGUUUUAAGAAUGUGAGCAUGUGAAAAGUUUGUGAUUGGUCGGCCACUCGUCAUUUUGUAUUUUUAGUCUGUUAAGGAUGACUUAACAGCAGCUUCCAGAUCCAAGCAUGGUUUUGUUUUAUAGAUAUAUGGAUCUAAUGAUCUGUAAUGAGCGUUGGUUGAUUAGGAUGGGAGCGCUGUAAUUUCUAUGAUCUUAUGGAGGAAUAAAUGCCUGUAUUUGUUUGCUGUUCA